AUGGGUAAACGUAAUAGAGCUGCCUUAUUGCCUACUCACUUGCCUCAACUUCAAAACUUGAUUAAACGUGAUUCCAAAUCAUAUGAAGCAGAAUUUCUUCAACAAUGGCGACACUUUGAAUCAACAUUGUCCAUCUUUUGUUUAAAACCUGAUGAAGAAUCAAAGGAGUUGUGUGAACUUGUCACUUUUAUGAGUCAAGUAGCUUACUAUUAUCCUGAAGUUACAAAAGAUUUUUCUCAAAAAAUUAUUGAUCUUUUAAAGGAGCAUUGUAUGGUUCUUCAUCCUGAAGUUAGAAAAAGUUUAGUUCAAGCUCUUAUUCUUCUUCGAAACAAAGGCCAUAUUGAUAAUACCAGUCUUUUACCCUUAUUUUUCACUCUCUUUAAAUGCAAAGACAAACAACUUCGUGAAAUGCUAUAUAGUCAUAUUGUAAACGAUAUCAAGAAUGCUAACUCUAAAGUGAAGAAUAACAAAUUGAAUAAAACACUUCAAUCAUUCAUGUUUACUAUGUUAGAGUCAGCUACAGUGGGUAAUAGUGAGGAAAAUGCGAUUGCUGCUAAAAAGAGUAUUGAUGUUUGCGUUGAUUUAUACCAUAAAAAUGUUUGGAAUGAUGCUAAAACUGUAAAUGUUAUUGCUGAAGCUUGUUUUUCACCUAUUACCAAAAUCUCUGUAACAGCUGUCAAAUUUUUUUUAAAUAGUAACGAUGCACAAGAAGAAGAAGAAGACGAUGAAGAUAUUCCAGAUCUUAAAAAGAUGCAAAUGGCUCAUUUACAUAGUAAGAAGACUAAAUCAAAGGAUCGAAAAUUGGAAGCUGCUAAAAAGAAGAUUAAAAAGAAGAGUAAAAGUAAGAAUAGAGCUGAAAGCUUCAAUUUCUCGGCUCUUCAUCUCUUGAAUGAUCCUCAAGGAUUUGCUGAAAAGUUGUAUUCCAAAUUAACAUCAAAGGAUGAUCGUUGGGAAGUUCGUUUGAUGAAGAUGAAUCUAGUUUCUCGUGUGAUUGGUAUCCAUCAAUUGACCAUUUUAGGCUUUUAUCCUUUAUUGAUCAAAUAUCUUCAACCUACUCAACGUGAUGUGACGAUGGUGUUGGUGUGUGCUGCACAAGCCUCACAUGCUCUUGUUCCCCCUGAUGCUUUAGAACCAGUUUUGAAGGCGAUUGCUAAUAACUUUGUUACAGAUCGUGUAGCGAAUGAAGUGAUGGCUGUGGGUAUCAAUGGUAUUCGUGAAAUAUGUGCACGACAACCAUUGGCUAUCGAUGCUACCUUGUUGCAAGAUUUAACCCAAUAUAAACAACAUCGUGAUAAAAGUGUUCUUAUGGCGGCUCGUUCUCUUAUUGCUCUCUUCCGUGAAAUCAAUCCUGAGAUGUUGGCUCGUAAAGAUCGCGGUAAGACAGCUAGUAUCAAGUUGAAGGACGGCUCUAUUCGUACUGUACAAUAUGGUGAGGAUAUGAAUAACAUGGAUGGCCUUGAAGGUCUUGAAUUACUUGAUGAAGCUGAAAGGGAUGAAGAAGAUUGGGGAGAUUGGGAAGUGGAUGAUGAUAGUGAUGAUAGUGAUGAAGAAGAAGGAGGAGGAGGAUGGAUUAAUGUUCCUAGUGAUGAUGAGGAAUAUGUCAACGUUAACCUUAGCGAUGAUGAGACAGAUCCAAAUAAUGAUGAAAAGAGUAAGAAGCUUCAAUAUAAGAUAGGAUCUGAUGGUGAAAUUAUCAAGACACGUCGUAUUGGUAAACGAAAGUUAAAGAAAAUGAUGGAAGCAGAGGAGCAAAAUGAGAUUACUGAAGAACAACGAGAGAAAUUAUUAGCAGCUGUGAAAGCACGUCGUGCAGAAGAACAAGCUAAACGUGAAGCAGCACUCAAGUUGGCUACAACCCGUAUCCUUACACCUGCAGAUUUUGCACGUUUGAAUGAACUUCGAAUGAAUAAGGAACUUGAAGUAUCACAAGGUCAGAAACGUAAUGCUGAUGAUACACAACGUGAUGGUGAGGUGGAUGAAAUGACCAUUCUUGGUCCUCGUAAGAAGGCUAAACAAGAUUAUGAACAAAGAAUAGCAUCUAUUCAAGAAGGUCGUGAAGGACGCGAGAAAUUUGGUUCUAAUAAGGGUAAAAAGGAAAGAGGUAGUACUACUAAUCGUGAAAAGGCAAGAAAUAAGAACUUUAUGAUGAUUGCCCACAAACAAUCUGUACUCUCUAAAUCUAAACGUAGUUUAUUUGAGAAGCAAAAGUCACUACGAGCUGCUAUUCAAAAGCAAAAACGACUUAAACAUUAG